GGCUGCCUGCGCAGACGAUCCUCGCCGAGAGUCGCCGCGGUUUCCUGCUUCAACAGUGCUUGAACGGAACCCGGCGCUCGACCCCUCCACCUCUCCCAUCCCAGCCGCCCGCUCCGAGCCACCAACCUCUCGCCACCUCUUCACCGCGUCCUCGGACCGCCCCCGGGCCUCCGCCGCCACUCCAGCGCCGCGCCGCUACUCCGUCUCUCCUAGCCGCCGCCAUGACGACCGCAUCCCCUUCGCAGGUGCGCCAGAACUACCACCAGGACUCGGAGGCCGCCAUCAACCGCCAGAUCAACCUGGAGCUCUACGCCUCCUAUGUCUACCUGUCCAUGUCUUACUACUUUGACCGAGAUGAUGUGGCUUUGAAGAACUUUGCCAAGUAUUUCCUUCACCAAUCUCAUGAGGAGAGAGAACAUGCAGAGAAACUGAUGAAGCUGCAGAACCAGAGAGGUGGCCGCAUCUUCCUGCAGGAUAUCAAGAAACCAGACCGUGAUGACUGGGAAAGCGGGCUGAAUGCGAUGGAGUGUGCGCUGCACUUGGAAAAAAGUGUGAAUCAGUCACUACUGGAACUGCACAAACUGGCCACUGACAAAAAUGACCCCCAUUUGUGUGACUUCAUUGAGACUCAUUACCUGAAUGAGCAGGUGAAAUCCAUCAAGGAAUUGGGUGACCAUGUCACCAACUUGCGCAAGAUGGGAGCCCCUGAAUCUGGCAUGGCAGAAUAUCUCUUUGACAAGCACACUCUGGGAGAAAGUGAUGAGAGCUAAGCCUUGGGCUGAUUGCCCCAAAGCCACACGUGACUUCUGGUCACCAGGGCAGUGCAUGCAUGUUUGGGGUUAUCAUUACCUUUUCUAUAAGUUGUACCAGAACAUCCUAAAUUCUUUUAAUUUGUACCAUUCCUUCAAAUAAAGAAAUUUGGUACCUA